AUGGAGGGCAGAGUUAGAGAAAGCUACAGAAAAAUAAGAGAUCAAGACCUCAAUGAGGAAAUUCAAUACACACUGCAAAUACGGAAGAACCACAUGUGCAUAAAGAGUACCAGUACAGGGCCUGAGUUAACAUGGGACAGCUGGCUGCCCGCGCUGCUGCUGCCGCUGCUGCUGCUGGCGGCGCUGGCGGCGGCGGCGGCGCUGGGCGCGCUGCUGCUCGACCUCCCCAGCUACGAGAUCCCGCGCGGCGUGAACCAGCCGGCCAAGCUGCGGCUCGUCCUGGCGGUGCUGCUCGGCACCGCCGCCGUGGGGAAGAUCUUGGAGAAGACUGGAAUUUGCAGUCAAAUCACUUUUGGCCGAUAUAUGCGAAGGGGAAGGAGACUAGCACUGGAUCCAAAGCUCUUUAUCCAGGAUCUGCAGUUUAAGAAAGUACCUGUUAGAGUUUAUCAGCCUAAAGCUCCAUUUGAUGGGCGAAGGAGAGGUAUCAUCUUCUUUCAUGGAGGAGGCUGGGUAUUUGGAAGUCUUGAUACCUAUGAAAAAGUAUGCCGCUACAUAUCCAGAGAAAGUGAAUCGGUAGUUGUAUCUGUUGAGUACCGUUUAGCUCCUGAGCACAAAUAUCCUGCUGCAUAUGAAGACUGUCUUAAUGCUACCGUCCACUUUAUGAAGAAUAUAGAGCACUAUGGGGUGGAUCCUGCCCGUAUAAUUGUCAGCGGGGACAGCGCUGGGGGCAAUCUGGCAGCUGCCGUCAGCCAGACCCUCGCAAGCAGACCAGACCUCCCAAAACUACGGGCUCAGAUCUUGAUCUACCCAGGCCUUCAGGCACUGGACUUCAAUCUACCGUCCUAUCAGCAAAAUCGGGGAGUCCCUCUGCUCUUCCGAGAACGCGCUGCUUUCUUUGCUUUGCAGUAUCUAAAUGGGGAUGCAUCACAUGUGGAAGAGGUCUUGGAAGGCUCUCAUAUUCCUGCAGAUAUUAGGUUGAAGUAUAGGAAGUGGGUGAGUCCAGAUAACAUUCCUGAACAGUUUAAGGUCAGAGGUGUCAAGCCGCUUGUGCCCACGGAUUGCAUAGCUGAAGUUUAUGAGGCAGUGAAAAGAUUCUGUGAGCCCAACCUGUGCCCGCUGUUAGCUGAAGAUGCUGUUGUUCACCAGCAGCCCGAGUCUUUCAUCUUGACGUGCGAGUAUGAUGUGCUGAGAGAUGACGGUUUGCUGUACAAGAAGAGACUGGAGGACAAUGGUGUUCCAGUCACCUGGUACCACAUUGAGGAUGGGUUCCAUGGAAUCAUAAGCCUACAUGAUUACGGUGGUUUUUCGUUUCCAGCUGGGAAAAGGGGACUGGACAGCAUCGUUAACUUCAUAAAAGGCUUAUACUAGGCGUCUUACAUUCCAGGAGUCUAUUAAUGCCUCAACCUAGGAAAAUAUUUUUUUAGGAUAUUUAGUAUCAAGUGAGGGGUAGUCAAUCUAGGGCAGCCAUUAACAAUGAUAAACAAAGCUCUGUGAAUCUUACUCCAGUUGUUAGUUGGAGCACUGAUAAUGCAAACUUUUCUUAUACAUGCUUUGUAACAGGCUGAAAGCCCUUAUCUUUAGCUAUGUCAAUAAAUAAGAACAUUAUUUUGAACUGACA